CAGCAAACAGGAUUCCGCCCUUGCUUUCAUCCCAGCAUGCACGCAAUCGUCGUGCUCCAGAAGCAGCGGUGCGCUCAAAUACUGCGCACCCCUCGCUGCCGUCAGCCUGGUCUGUCUGUCUCACCCAGACUCUUCAUACCAGUUUCGUAUCAAUGCGCUGGCUUUGCGCGACUCUCAUAUAAUGCCUCAUCCAUCACAUGGGAUUGUGGCAGGAUAGUCUUGUUUAUUGGCGUGACUUUGGUUAUCCAGAUUCGUCUCGACGCAUCCUAGCAAUGGCUCAAAAUGUGGGAGAAGCAAACGCAAAGACAUUCGCCGAACUGGUAGCGGGUCCUAUCGUUGACGUAUACGUCGGCGAAACAAAACAACACUGGCCUAUACACCGCAAUAUACUGGCGUUCCAUUCAGAGUAUCUACAGACUGAGCUUCAGCACUCGCCGGACAGUACGCCCAGAAAAAAAGGUCAGACAGACAACUUGCGCCUGGACCUUCCAGACGAUGAUCCGGCUGGGUUCGAGCUGCUUGUUAAAUGGCUGUAUCAGGGCAAGAUAGAAGACGUGUCAAACAUCGCGGAUGACCAAGACAAGUACGACUAUGCUGUUUCGUGUCAAAAGCUGCAUCAACUUUGUGAGAGACUUGAUUUACCAAGGCUGAAGAAUAUAGCCAUGGACCAGUAUCGAAAGGCAUUGAAUCAGGCCGGACUUGUCCCUGAUCCAGAAGAGCUAAAUGUAAUAUACCGCCAGAGCGCUGAGCAGUCACCGUUUCGCAAGCUGAUGGUUAACAUCGCCGCAAGGCAGAUCAUGGAUCCCGACAGCGACAAGGAUGCUGAGAGCUACCGACCGUGCUUCGAAAACAACGCAGAUUUCGCUGUGGAACUCAUAAAUGCAAUCAAAAAGGGUAUGGGUGGUUUACUCUUUGAGGAUCCCACCGAGGAGACAGGCUGCGAGUAUCACGACCAUAAUGAAGGCCCCAACUGCCACGUACGUGGCAAGAAGAAGCUAGCCGUCUCGCGCUCAGACUUCUCUGCCAGACAAACAGAUUCGUCACCAUCCACUCCUGCAACUUCGCGACCAGGAGGGACGACCUCGCUCGCGACACCUCACAUCAAUGGCUUCGCUGAGACAAACGACAGAUAUCCGGCCUCGCGAUCAGACGACGGAAAAGCUGAGAAUAAUUCCAACGACUACAUUUGCCAUGACGAACGGGGUAAAGAGGAGUUCGAGGACGACGACGAUUUCAAAUCCGCACUCUCCGAAGCAGGAACAAGCAGCUUCAGCCGAACGCCAACCCGCAUCCUCAAUUCUCCCAAGCCUGGAAGACGAACGCCGCGGAAAAUCUCCAGGCGCAGUCUCGGAUCUACAAGUGAAUGGGAAGCACCUUCCGAGCGAGCCAUCUCCAAGAGCAGAGAGGGAAGAGGGAGAGAGCCCGAAGAGUACAAGGAACAGGAUACAGUAUGAGAAGGCUAUCAAUCCCAUCUGGGGUUGGGCGAGACUUGGCGGCUCGCGAACAAGUAGUAUCGGUUAGCGAAUAAUGACUCGACCAUCUUGUGAAGGAUGGGUUGAUUCUUACGAUUUUCAAAUACACCUAUCGUGGGGGUUUUGUGCUUCCCGAUGAAGAUCCACAACCACUGGACCGUGGAGAGUAUGGUAUCUCUGCAGGUGGUACAUAUACACCAUCGCCGGACAUUGUCAGGUACAUCUACUUCAAGACAGGGCAUAUGAGGUCUAGAAGAUACGGAACCCAAGUGUGACAAGACCGAAUAGGGACAGGAAAAUAAAGGGCUGAGAAGGGAUGACUAUUCGUGAGAACAUCAUUGACUCAUGGUGUCUUUUGGUAUCCUAAUUGACUCACUGGACUAGCCGGGUGAUAUCAUCGCAGGUUAUGUCGGACGUUGCAGGAAUAAUGGUACUAAGGAACUCCAUACACUCCUCUCAUAUGCUACUGUGUUGGGAAUCGUGACUUGAUCGUAAAAACCACGCUCGAAAGCCUCUACAAGAAAACCUUCUUCGCCUGACUAGGUGAUGACUCUGCGGGACAAUAAGGACAUUUGAAUCUGGUGCCUUUGCUUAUCCUCUCUAGAGAAUCUCGGCAUAUGACGUGUCCACAUGGCAUUCGCAUUGGUGGGUUGGAGUCUGUGGCUUGUUCCUUGCUGACAGGACACACAAAAAUGGAAUGGAAGUGGUAGGCUGGUGGAAGGGGUAUCUCGAUCUAAUUUCCAAGCAUAUAUGAGCAUAGAUUCUAUCAUCAGCAUCUUUCACAACGG